AUGAACAUAAACUAUGAGAGGGUCGCGGAGAACGACUCGGAUUUACACGAUAACAGUGAUAAAUUUGAAGAAAAUGAGGGCCAUAGGCCAUUCGUCGGCAACCCUCGUUCUGGAAAAUGGGGCAUACUAUUGACGUUGCUCAACGUCGUCCUGUUUACCAUAUCGGCAACAGUCUGGGGUAUCGCCCUCACCGACCGUCUUCCGACCAACAGUCAGGCUUUACAGAAGGUUCUCUAUUACUCUCCACUGCUUGACAAGAUUGAGUUUCAAUUCGAGAACAGAAAGGUCGAAGGAACGCUGUUCGACGAGGAGACCCUAUCGAAAGACGAGCUCCUAUUGAGGUCUCACUCGAACGACGCUAGCGAUGCGGCGUGGGCGGCCUUGUCCGUGAUUGAGAGGAUUCCCAUGACAGCGGAGGAGGUUCGCAGACUGGGGAAAGACCCGGAUACAGUUGUGAAGAUACCACCAAGCUACGGCUUUGGUAACAGAACACAUGCUGUGCAGCUUGAUGCGCAACAUAAUCUGCAUUGUUUGGACACGGUCCGCAAGUAUGCGUAUCGAGAAUACUACUUCCCAGAAGCGAUAGAUACAGGAAACGGCACCAGUCCUCUGACAGAGCUCGAUCAGGCUCAUCUAUCACACUGCCUGUCAAUGCUCCGGCAGGCGCUUACAUGCAACCCUAGCCUCGAUAUCAUCACUCACAAUUGGAUGCGGACUCAGCUAUAUCCCCCUCCAGACUUCGCCGUCAACAGGAAGUGUAUCAAGCAUAGCCAGAUUUUGGAAUGGCAGGCGAGAAACAAGAUCGAGAGGGAGAAGUGGUGGGAGAUAGGCGAACAGGGACCUGGCACGGACGACUAUGUUUUAGAGCCACCUGCGAAGCUUCUGGACUGGACUAUCAGACUCAAUUCGUAG